AUGGCAGAUAACAAUGAGAUUCCACCACCUGUGGUGAGGUUUGGCGACACUCUGAGAUCGGGAAUUGAGUACCCAGGGGAGUGUGCCUACGCAAAUGACAACGUCAACAUUCCACCUCACUACAUCAGUUUGGUGAAUGAAGGAAAUCUUUUUCAUGGACGGGAUGAUGAAGAUCCGGUGAGCCAUUUGAAUGCCUUCUACGAGCUGACAAAUUCUCAUAGACCUCCAAAUGUGGAGCAUCAUCGGAUUAAGAGGGCCUUAUUUCCAUUCUCAUUGAGGGAGAAGGCAAGAGCGUGGUAUGACUCAUUACCGGGCUACAACAUAGCAACAUUCCAAGAGUUGAAGUCGUUGUUUCUUGUAGAAUACAACUCUCCAAUGAAGAUUGAGAAGUUGAGAGAGGAGAUCACCUCAUUCCGACAGAAGUAUGAUGAGUCCUUCGCGGAGGCAUGGAAGAGAUUCACGGAGUUGAUAAGGAAAUGCCCAAGUCACGGACUAGCUCCGGGGCAUGACCUUUUGAAGUUCUACAAGGGACUCAACAGUGAAGGCACGAGAUUGGUGACUGCAGGUUCGAAUGGGAACCUAGAUGAUCUAACUCAUGAUGAGGUGAGGGCCUUGUUUCAAAGGUUGGCCAACAAUCAAAGGAAUUGGCACAAUCCAAGGAGAGGAGCUGAUAGAGCAGGAGAUACGUUUGGUGCUACAAAGGAUGCGGAAAGGGUGACCGCAAUUGAGGCUCAACUGGCAGACAUCAGCACUCAAAUGUCGUCAAUGACAAAGGCAGUUAAGUCUCUUCAAUUGACUCCUCAACCCCAAGCUGUGACUGUGAUGAGAUGUGGAUUGUGUCAAGGAGGGCAUCAUACUGAUCAGUGCCCAAGUCUUCAAGGACCACCAAUGGAGGAUGUGAACUACAUUGGUAACAAUCGACAAGGGUUCAACCAAGGCAACCAAUACAACAACCAGCAAAAUUGGAGGACUCAACAAGCAACUUGGAAUCAAGCUGGUCCUAGCAACAACUCGGGUAAUCAAUGGAGGAACAACACUCAACCUCCGGGCUAUGAGAAGAAGCCAUCGGUCGAGGAUCAAUUGGGACAGAUUCUCUCUUUCAUGACUAAGAGUCAAAAGGAGAAUGAGAACUUCAAAGAUAAGACGGUGGAAAAGUUUGGGCAGAUCGAUGCCACAAUGAGGAAUCUCGAGACUCAAAUCGGGCAGCUUGCUACAGCAUCACACACAAGGAUUCCUAAUACCAUCCCAAGUAAUACAGUGCCCAAUCCGAGAGGUAAUGAACAGUGCAAAGUGGUAACUUUGAGAAGUGGUCGAGAGUUGGAUUCGACACCAUUAAUGGACGGCCAAGAACAGGCUGCAUCCGGCAGCAAGGAACAUGGUGAAGAAUCCGAUUCAAGUGGAAAGUUUUCAGCAGAAGAGAAAGGAAAGAAGAUAGCAGAGAUGGAAUCAAAGAGACAGAUGUUGACAAGUCCAGCACUAGAUCCGAAAAGCAAGUUCAACUUCCCCGACCAUAUUCCUUCUCCACCAUAUCCACCCAAGAGGAAGAAGAGGGCUCCAAAAGAGAAAAGCUUUGAAUGGAUGAUGAACGUGAUCCGGAAAGUGAAUGUGGAUGUUUCAUUAGUGGACCUCUUCACUAAUUUUCCCAAGUUCUCCAAGUUUUUCAAGGAUAUGAUGGCAAACAAGGAGAAAUUGCAAGAUGAGGGGAUAGUGGCAUUGAGCAUGAAUUGCUCACAAUCGAUUUCGGGAAUGAUGCCAAUGAAGAAGAGGGAUCCGGGAAGUUGUGUGAUUCCUUGUGAGAUCGGCAAUACAAUCUUCACGAAAUGUCUGUUAGAUCAAGGAUCGGGAAUCUCACUCAUGGCAUUGAAAACUGCACGUGCCAUUGGACUGGAGAACAGAAUGGAGCCCAUCGACAUUGCUCUACAGUUGGCUGAUCAUUCCAUCGUGAAGCCCACGGGAAUAGUAGAGGAUGUCUUGGUCAAAGUAGACAAAUUCAUCAUCCCUGUUGAUUUCAUAGUCUUGGACAUGCCCGAGGACAAAGAGGUACCAAUUCUAUUUGGUAGACCGUUUCUUGCCACGGGAGAUGUGUUGUUAGGAGCUAAAGACAACUCUGUCACGUUUAGAAUUAAUGGUGAGCAAGUGACCAUUAAUGUGGAGAAAGCGAUGAAGCAUCCUAGUGAUGCAAAAGCGUGCUUUAGAGUUGAUGUCCUCGAUAAGUGCAUAUUUGACAAGAUGUGUUGCUCGGCAAGAAUAGAAGGAAGUGUAUAUGACAAAGGGAGUUUGGAGAGAGACUAUGGUUCGACACUUAAAGUCGAUUUUGAUGAAAUAGAAGAUUCUCAAGUUGAUGAACCAAGUCUCGAGAAUGAGUGUAUUGUGGAUACUUUUGUGGUGGAUGUAAAACCGUCAAUCGAAGUACCACCAAAGUUAGAAUUGAAGCCACUCCCGACAAAUCUGAAAUACGCCUUCCUUGGUGAUGAUGAAACAUUACCGGUUGUAGUAUCGGCUUUGUUGAAUAAUGAAGAGGAAUCCAAAUUAAUAGAGCUACUGAAGUCACACAAGAAAGCUCUAGGAUGGUCCAUUGCCGACAUCAAAGGAAUUAGCCCCGCUAUAUGCAUGCAUAAAAUCUUGAUGGAAGAUGGAGCUAAACCGAAGAUUGAACAAGGCGACAAGAAAAGAUCACUUUCCAUUGCCAUUUCUCGAUCAGUUGCUUGA